GAGACGUAUACGGCAUCUCUAUGUCCCUCCUCCUUUUCUCUCGCCUUUUUCUGACAGAGAAGUGGCAACAUACCUACUAUCUAUUUGUUUUACUUGGUGUUUUGAGCAAGGAGAGACGAGGCAACAUUCAGCGUCCGCCCGGCUGAUCUGCUCCCACAAAUAGGGUCUUUGGUCUUGUGUUCGAUAGUGUGGGCCCGAAAUGCAAAGUUCAGGAUAGACAAACAAGCAUCUCCCAAAACAAACAGCUGCUCCGUAGAGCAGAUGGGUUUGUCACCACGAGCGACUCCUUUCUCAUAAAAGCAGUCAUUGUGAAUAUAAGAAAAAUACUGAUUUUAGCUGCUUUCUCUCUGCAGAUGAGCGACCAAGACAGCAGCUCUCAAACGGAGGGAGAGGUUGAGGGAGAGAUGGACACGGAGUUGGAUGGUGAAGGAGACAGAGACGGAACACUCAGGGACAGUCACGUCCUCAGUUUGUCCAGCUUCUCCUCGUCUCUGCACGCCGUCAUCCGCAUCAAACAGAAGUACCGGGCCAUGAAGAAGAGGCGUCAGGAGAUGGCCCUGCUGGAGCUCGGGGCGGACGGGAAACCCGCAGGGGCGCCGUCGAAAACCAGCCCCAAGAUCUUCACCUUUGACGGACCCACGUCGUUCUCCUCCACCCUGUUGUCCUCCGUCCCCCAGAAGAAGAAGAGGAGGAGGAGGAAAGGGGUGUUGUAUCCCAACAGAGGGAGGCGGCGGGCCCCUCCAAAGCAGGAGCAAAGCCGAGCCAAGUACUGCCUCUACCUGCUCUUCGCCAUCGUCUUCGUCCAGGUGUACAACGCCAUAGAGAACCUAGAUGACCACGUUCUCAGGUACGACCUGGAGGGGCUGGAGAAGACACUGAGGAGAGAGGUGUUUGGGCAGCAGGGAGCGGUGGACGGUCUGCUGUCCCACCUGAAGGACUACCUGUCCACCUACGUCCACAACAAGCCCCUGGUGGUGUCUCUCCACGGCCCCAGCGGAGUGGGCAAGAGCCACCUGGGACGCCUCCUGGCGGGACACUUCCGCUCCGUGGUCGGGGAGACGCUGGUGCUGCAGUACUACGUCCUCCACCACUGCCCCCAGGAGGCCAACGCCCUGCGGUGCUCCCACGACCUCGCCGCGCUCAUCUCGGAGAUGGUCAAGCGGGCCGAGGAGGAGGAGAAG